GACUUUCUUUAUUGCAUCUGCCGUGGGUGUGUGCACAGUGCAGCGCGCGGCAAGCACAGUUUCAAAAGGCAAGCACGUCCCACGGUUGGGCUGCGCCUGCCUCACGAUAAGUACAUCGACUGCUUCCCUCUCUCUGCACCUUCUUCCCCUUGCUCCCGGUUUGCAUCUUGACGACUGUCUGCAGCCUGGUCUGUUUCGCCGGGCCGCGUGUCUUGUUCACCUCUUUCCACACCACCGCACUUAGUGCCUGCUAGCUCCCAUUGACGUGCUCUGUGGAACGUGAUUCCCAGCUCUGCAGACUUCGUCCACAAGACACUUCUCGCCCAUUGACUUGGUCGAGAAGCUCUCCGCACCCGAAAGCUUGCCCACCUCCACGACCAUGGCUUCGACCGACGAUACAGCCUUCGGGGCGUCGAUUGUCCCCCUCCACCAACGAGCAAGCCCCCCAAUCCUCGUCCUCGACUCUCCCGCCCUUACCCCGGUAGGAUCACACGAAGACCUUCCCGUGGUGCAUGGCAAUGCCAUCGGCCCCUACCACGCCGCACCAUCUCAGCCUCAAGGCUCACACAUGAAAGCUCCCAAUGUGCACGUCCGCCAGCCAAGCCAGUCCAGCAUCACGCUCAACGAGAAACACGACUUGGAAGCCGGCAUCUACACCCCUCUCGCCGUACAAGCAGGAAAGCACGAUGACUUCAACCCGUUCAGCAGCAAGAUCAGCGUCGACCACAACAAAGAGUGCAAGAUGUGGCCUUCGAGGCAGACGCUUCUCCAGAACCGUUUGGCGGACAAGAGGCGGAAGCGAGACGCAAAGGGCUGUGGGUGGUGCCUGGGCCCCAUGGUGAAUACCUGGGCCGGCUUUACCACGCGGCAGAAAUUGUUGAUCAAAAUCAUUACUGCCUUUCUCUUUGUCGGAAUCGUCGUUGCCGUGGCGGUCGGCAUCAGCAUCGCAGUCAAGGGCACCGUCAACACCAACGCUGGACAGACGCAGAUUCCGCAGCCGCAGAAGCGCAGCUGAUGGGAGGUGUUGGACCGUUCAAGGCUGGAGAAAUGCCGGGCUCAUUAACAUGGCUCGGAGGCUGGUGCAUGAUCAAGGGCGGGGAGUUUAUGGAGCUAGGGAGUGACAUUGCUGGCGCAUCCCUAUGGAGCACUUUACUUGCAUUCUGUAUGUGCUGAACAGAGCUGGGUUAGUGAGCAUGGAUGGAUGGCGUUAGAAGUGCAGCAUUCAAUUGGAUGAUAAAGGGAACGUUCCACCCUUGCUUUGCUAUCCUGUAUUGAGGGCCACUUUGUGUAUCGUGCUCUCUCCACGCCGAUCUGUGCUUUGCUGUGGACAAGGUGAUGGAGCGAGUGGGGUAUCGUUACCCUUAGUCGACGUCACUGUCUG